ACAAUGGCCGCUGGAAGGAGGCUAAAGCAAACAAUUUUUAGGCCCGCGGUGAAACAAAAAUAUGAGAAAAAAAUUUUUAAAAAUUCGUAACAUUGUUUAAAGCUGGAAAAAAUACGGGAAAGUGAUGUUGAGUGUCCCGCGGGUGAUACUUCUGAGUACUGUAUGCUGUUUAAAUUGAGCAAGAAAAGCCACAACCAAACAGCACUGCUAAUCUGUAAUUGGUGGCAAAAGGCCGUCAAAAAUGGGACACGCCCAAUUCUGCUCACAACCCAGAAGAAUUGGUGAAACUGGCUGAGGAUGCUAUACGUGAAGCUGGAAAUUUGAACUAUUUUUAAACGGUGAAGUACAAAGAAGAGACUGUACAAUCGCCAGCAGGAUAGUCAGGAGUGGAAGCCUAGAGCCUCUGCAUUUCAAUCAUACCUGUAGAUCGGUGCGGUGUCCCCACUUCCAUUUUCUUAAAAGGGAACUACACGCGUGACCUGUGUCUGCCGUCCAAGGUCCUAACCGCCAAAUGUGUUGAACACAUGAAACUACACCAGAAAGAAGAAACAGAAGUUGCUUUAUAUCAGUACAACUGGGCAAACACCAAGUGUCCAGUAAUUAGGCCUACAGCAGACUGCGAUGGCCACUGUCAUCCCCGGUGAUCUUUUAGAAGUAACAGAUACCCAGAAGGUUCUAGUGGGGAAACGUAAACGUAGUGAAACCAAAUCCAGAAAAUCCUUUCCUUGUCCAUUGUGUGGAAAGAUCUUCACUAGUGUUGAGAAAUUGAAAGUGCAUUCAUAUUCACAUACUGGAGAGAGACCCUACAAGUGUUCACACGAGGACUGUACCAAGGCCUUUGUGUCUAAGUAUAAACUACUGAGGCAUAUGGCCACCCAUUCACCUCAGAAGACCCACAAGUGUACUUACUGUGAGAAAAUGUUCCAUCGUAAAGAUCAUCUAAAGAAUCAUCUGCAAACUCAUGAUCCAAAUAAGGAAGCCUUCAAGUGUGAGGAAUGUGGGAAAAGCUACAAUACAAAGCUUGGUUAUAAGCGUCAUUUAGCUCUGCAUGCUGCAACUAGUGGUGACCUUACUUGUAAAGUGUGCUUACAAACAUUUGAAAGCACAGGAGUGUUACUGGAGCAUCUGAAGACACAUGCUGGCAAGUCGACAAGUGGCACAAAAGAAAAAAAACAUCAUUGCGACCAUUGUGACCGUUCUUUCUACACUCGUAAAGAUGUUCGAAGACACAUGGUAGUGCAUACAGGAAGGAAAGACUUCCUUUGUCAGUAUUGUGCCCAGAGAUUUGGGCGGAAGGACCACCUGACCCGCCAUAUGAAGAAAAGUCACUCUCAGGAACUGCUAAAGGUGAAAACUGAACCAGCAGAUCUUAUGGAUAUACUUAGUUCAAAUACUACAUUGUCAUUAAAAGAUGAGCUAAGUCCAGUGAUGUCAGUGGUUUCCAGUGAGUUGACAACUAGAUCAUUUACAAACACUUUACAAAUGAAUAUCUACAGUGCCCAUAUUCAGACCAUGCAAACAUUAGGGGCAACAAAUCAAAUGGUCUCUUCUCCAUUACCAUUGGGGAUGGGUUGCCCACUAGACAUUGAGACUUCAAUUCGUGCUCCUCAAGAACUUUCCUCAAAAUAUUUUCUUGGUUCUACCUCAUAUGCCAUUGCAAUGCCUGAUAAAGGACAACCAUUAAAAAGUGAAAUAGACAGCUACUUAAUGGAUUUACAUAGUGAUUUACUCCCCUCUGCCCAUGACACUCAAUCAUCCUCAUCAAAACAGGGCAUGGAGUCGCAGCCAGGAUCUUUGGCUGAUGGAUGUGGGGAUGUUUUGCUUUCUAAAAGCCCAGCACUCCUCAGUGAACCUCUAAAUACUUCAUCAGCAGACUUUUCUCAGUUAUUAAGUUUCUUACCUUUAAAUAACUCUUCAUACAAUCAGCCAGUUUCUUCGGGCAAUUCUGGUAUGUGUUAUACCCAAGAGGAACCUCAUACAUCCUUAAUUCCUCUCCCACCCCAGUACCAGGAUUCACAUGAAACUGGUAACAGCAUUGGUCUCAAUGCUCUCCAUCCCUUAUCUACAGUUUUCACUACUGGUUUAAGCACAACAACCCUGCCACGUUUUCACCAGGCUUUUCAGUAGAUAGUAUGAUAUUUCUUAACCAUUUCCUUUAUUGUAAAAGCAAUUAUCCUGAUGAAACAUUAAGGAAUUAGACUGUACAUCUCUGGUUGUAACAACAGUGCUGCUUUGUGAAUGACCACCACAGGCAAAAAAUAUACAAUACUGUUUAUUUGUGGUCAUAAUAGGAAUAUUCUAUUUAGCAGUCGAUUUCUAAUAAUAGACACUAAGAGUAAAUUUGAGUCUAAACCAUCAAUAAUAGACUCACUGACAGCCUAGAUGUUUACAAUAAGAAUUGAUACAAAAUGGCACAGCCCUGAACCCUUUCAUUGCAAUGAUUGUUGAGUUCUAAUUUUAGGCUGUACUGACACCAUAAUCAGUCUUUCAGAUUCAUAUAACAGAUAGUGACUGCAAAAUUCACAGUGCUUUAUAUCUUUUAAGCAAACUAAAAGAUUGCUGCUCUGUUAAAUAAUUUUGCACAGUUCCACUUAUUGGAUGUUUUGAAGAUGCAUUUUGCAUUUAAAAAUGCUGGAACACCAAAAAGUUUUUGAACUCUGGCCAUAUCAAUGCACAAAAUUGGUUUUAUAUGUAAUCCAUUUACUUCAUUUAGAAAAAUGCAAAGGAUUUUCUUAACAAAGUUCCUGGUGAAAACUUAUAUAAAAAAAUAAACUUCGCAUCAGAUUUGAUUCUGUAUCUUCAAAAAUAUGGAACACCGGAUACAUGGUUCGUUAAUUAAUUUUCAAUUCCUUGUUGUAGAGUGGCAGUAUAAAUAAGAGUUUUUCUUUCUAAUUUAAAUUGAUUAAAUGACACAUAGAACUUAAGUUUAAUAAGAUUAUGAUUUAAACUUCUGAAUUAGACACAUGAAUAAAAGCCACAUAUACUUUUUCCAUUUUGAUCUUAUAACACUAUUUCAUCUAUUAGAUUAUUAAUUAUAUCCAACAUAUGUGGAACUUGCCCUCAAUGUAGAACAGUUUAAGUGAUACCCAAGGUCCAAAAAUUAAGCGCAGCCUUAAGAGGUGAAGAAAUAAUUGGUAAAGGGGAAUAAAUAUUCUGAUAAAAUUUAACUUGCAUUUCUACUUGUUUCGUUAACCAAAUUCUCAAAUAAUUUUGAGUAUUGGGUAAGCCAUCAUUGUCACAAGUAGCAAGCAAUUAGCUAAGUAGUGUGUGUUGAGAAACUAUUUUCUCAUUAAGAUAACAAUUUGGCCCAUCUUUGUGCAAUCGUCUGCUCCUGACCUGAAGUUAUUCCAUCUGCUUUGGACUAGUUUCUUCAGACAUUUCCUUUGUUUUCCUGAACUAUUUUACUAACUCACCUCCAUGUGUGCAUUUUGUACUGUUCAAAUUGAUUAUAUCAUUUAUAAAAUUGAAAAUAUAUGAACUUGUAAUAGUUUAGCAGGUAAAAGAAAUUGAUAUCUUAAGAUUUAUUUUGAUCUGAAACCCUCAUCUGUUUUCAGCUGAAACCAAUUGUAUUUACUGAGCCUUUUCUUAUAUUAAAAUUAGAAAAUUAUGAAAAUACUCAGCAGGCCAGGCAACAUCUGUGGAGAGAGAAACAAAAUUUAAGGCUAAUCUUCUUUGUUUUCUGUAUGUGUUUCAACUAUACAUUAGAUCAGAUAGACAUAUUAAGGAAUUAUUAAUUUGGAUUUAAAUGGCAGAGUUCAUUUCAUUUUGAGCAGCAUUUUGAGGAAUACUAUUUGUUGCAUUGUACUAUUCAGACUACGUGAAUGUCAUUGUUUAUACAAAAAUUUAAUAUUCUACUGUUAAACAAUAAUCUACAAGGUCUGUGAACAUGAUUUAAUUAGCUAUUCAAUCCCUGUAACCAGCCGACAAAUAGGACUUUGAAUUUAGUAUGGUAAGUCUAUACUUAGUAAAGAAUGUGUUACAAUCGAAGUGAUUAGUUAGCUGUAAGAUGAUACCAAAGGAUUUAUAUUGAAACUCACACAAACUUAAGAUAGAUAAAUAAAAUUUUAAGUAUUGGAAGUCAAGUAAAAGCAAAAUACUGGAAACACAGUCUGAUGUCUAUAAAGCAGAUAGGUCAAUGUUCAUGUAAAAUUGGUCAGCUCUGCCAGGGGAUCUAAAAGGUUGCCUGCUAUAUAAAUGCUUUGAAAUUGGUUUUGCUUCUGUCACAUAGGCUGUUUGAAUAUAUUAGCUUAUGGAACACUACUAAACUAAAAUAAAUGGUGCCCAAAAAGGUGGAAUAUAGGGAAGUACCAAAGAAACUGUUUAGCUGUGAUUUGCAAGGUAUUUUAUAUCAGAUCUAUAUUUGGUCUCUGCAUUCCUCGUAAGAAUUAAUAGCAAAUAGUUGAUAAAUCCUUGAUAUGUUACUUCACUGCUUCGGUUAUGUCAUGUUAAAUUUUGGUUUCUUUCACAAUUUUGCAUUUAGUCAUUUCCUGUUGACCCAAUAUUUUAAAUAUUCAUUGACCGAAAAUGUUUUCAACCCAAUGAGAUGCAAAUUUAUUUCAGUUCACGUAAAUGGAUUUUUCUUUCUAUUUGCUAUGAUGAAAUUUAUUAUUCUUGAGCCUGUGUUGACCCCAUUACUUUGAAUGCAGGUUGCUAGUACUAAAUGGGGUUGGAAUAAUAGCUCCCAAUUGUACUCACCUCUGCACAUCUGGUUCCUUACACUUCAUAAAAUCAAGUCACAGGCAAGUUCAGCUGGUGGCCCAAAUUCUCACAAACAUUUAAUACUAGCAGCCAAAGACAAGUUUCACCCCAUAAACAUUUGGCUUCACUGAAAGUGCUUCUUCACCAAAACAAACCCUUUGUUAAAAAUUAGUACUUUUAUUUCCUACUCCAUCAAUGAAGAAGUGGGAUAGGAUUUUUUAUUAGAUCAGUUAACAUUUCAUCGAUUUUUGUAGUUUAAUUUCAAAUCUUUUUGUGAAUUAAGUUAAAAAAUAUUCAAGUAUUGAAAAUAUUUUACUGCUGCUAGAUUUAUUAGGAUUAGAGAAUAUUAUUGCAGGAGGAAGUUUUUGGGCUCUUUGAAAGCAUUUUCUUUUCCCUCUGUAGCCCUGCAGUGACCUUUUCCUCAAGGCUCAAGUCAAGCCUUACUUCGCCUGUCCAGCUUACUUUUAAAGAUGCUAAUGAAAUGAAAAUCGCAUUUUGUUUCCUGUUUUGUUUAGUAAUGAUCUCCCCCAAGCUAGAGAGCAUGGUAUCACAAACUCUUGUCACCCUUAAAAUCUUCUGUGUCACUUCUUAACUUCACAACUAUUCUUUUAAUUAUACAGUAUAAACUUUUACCUAAAUAUCCCUGUAUGCCCCUUAUCAGUUAAAGUAUCACAGUGCACCUCAGUGCUCUUAAAGUUUUGAACCUUUUUUGAAGUAUGGUCCAAGAAUUAUUCACAAUAUUGUCCUAAUGAUUAAGUUUCUGUGUGAUUUCUUGUGUCUUCUAUUUCUCCAUUGAUUAAUCAAUAUGCUCCUUUUCACCUCGUCAACAUCAAAGUAAAUAUAUAUCAGAACAUCAGAUUUAUUGUGUUGAAGUAAUAUCUUCAUAUAUCUAGACGAGCUUAGAAUCAGGUUCAAUAUCACUGGCAUGUAUUGUGAAAUUUACAGCAGCUGCACAAUGAAAUACAUGAUAAAUAAAUAUAGAGAAAAAUGGAAUUACAUUAAAUAUAUAUUUAAUAGUUAAAAAACAGAAUUACAUUGUGUGUGUGUAUAUAUAAAGUCGAAAUAAGUAGUGCAAAAAAAGCAAAAGUAAGAAGUACUGAGGUAGUGUUACUGGGUUCAGUGUCUAUUUAGAAAUCGGAUGGCAGAGGGAAAGAAGCUCCCGUUAUGGAUGAUGAAAAAGAGCAGGAAAUAGAACUGAAAGGACAUACCUUAAAAACAAAUGUUCCCGAAAUUGUUAAACACUCAUCUCUUAGCAGUUCUAUAUAGCUCUGUCUUUGAAUAUCACUAGUCCAGGAAGAUGUUAAGGUCAAUAGACAAUAGACAAUAGGUGCAGAAGUAGACCAUUCGGCCCCUCGAGUCUGCACCGCCAUUCUGAGAUCAUGGCUGAUCAUUCACUAUCAAUACCCAGUCCCUGCCUUGUCCCCAUAUCCCUUGAUUCCCCCAUCCAUCAGAUAUCUAUCUAGCUCCUUCUUGAAAGCAUCCAGAGAAUUGGCCUCCACCGUCUUCCGAGGCAGUGCAUUCCACACCUCCACAACUCCCUGGGAGAAGAAGCUCUUCCUCAACUCUGUUUUAAAUAACUGACCUCUUAUUCUCAAUCCAUGCCCUCUGGUACUGGACUCUCCCAACAUCUGGAACAUAUUUCCUGCCUCAAUCCUAUCAAAUCCUUUAAUUAUCUUAAACGUUUCAAUCAGAUCCCCUCUCAAUCUCCUCAAUUCCAGGGUGUACAAGCCCAAUCUCUCCAAUCUCUCUGCAUAAGACAGCCCUGCCAUCCCAGGAAUCAACCUAGUGAAUCUACGCUGCACUUCCUCAAUUGCCAGAAUGUCCUUCCUUAAACCUGGAGACCAAAACUGUACACAAUAUUCCAGGUGUGGUCUCACCAGGGCCCUGUACAAAUGCAAAAGGACAUCCUUGCUCUUGUAAAAGAGCAUAGAUUUCAUGUUUCCUAGUAUAUUCUUAGUGGAAUUUUAUGGGAAAAAAUACAGAUGGGACACAAGCUGAAGAGCUGCAAAAUGAACAAUUUUUAGCAUCCUGUGAAAUAUAGGUUUGGUGAUUUGGGAAUUAAAUACAUUUUUUUAAGGGAGUGCAGGUUUUUCCAACUAUGUAUGCUUGGGGACAAUGUAUACUGAGUGCUGUGCAUUUGGAACAAAGAUUGGUAAUUUGAUUGAAUUAAGGGAAGAAGAAAUUUGGACAAGAAAUCAAACUGGAGGUCAGUGAUUAGCCAUGUUGGUGGAGCAACCUCUAAACUCUUGGAUUACUUUUUACUCUCAUUUCCUUUCCCCAAAUAAACACAAAACUAAUAGAAACUCUGCUGAAUUUACAUAAAGAAUGGACAAACUGAGGAGGUGCUGGACUAAUGCUUAGCACCAGUAAAUGUAAACAAGAGGAGGAAAUUUAGGAGUACUUUAAGUUUUUUGUUAGGGACCUUGUAUACUUGCAAUUUCUUGUAAAAUAAUGAAUUUUGAAAUGCAUUGAUUCCACAUCUGAAUACCAUUUUCUAUGCUAUUAAUAUUCAGUAAUGUCUUGGAAUCAACAUUUUUUCAUGAAAUAACAUACAAAAUUAUAAUUAUUGCAGUUUGUGCUUCAGCAGAAAAUUGUAAUGCAUAUAAAGUAGCUUAUUAAAAAUUACUAGUCAAGAAAUAUGUUCUUUACUGUACUACUGUAAUGGUGCAGUAUUAGUCAUUCUACAAUAUGAUUUGGAGUCUGUUCAAUUAACUUGUUUGACCCCUGGUCUGAUAUCUGACCAAUUGCCUUAUCUCUUUAUUCAAUCAAGCCUAACCUUACCAACCUAUGCUUUUGAAAUACAUUCUCCAGGCAAGUGUACAUUACAAUUAUGUAUCCCUGGGGAAAAAGACUUGCAAUUCCUGAAGAAAUUUACCUCACUGUCAAAUGGCCAAUCCUUUCCCUGAGAGGAUGUUGUUAAUUCUUGAUUUUCAGGCUGUUAAAAUGGUAUCUCCCUUAUCAAAGUUUUGUAGAAUGAUAAAUAUUUAAUGAAGACCGUAGCAGAUCAUCAGAACACCACGUUGAGCAAGCGUAUCUUCCUUUGGGAGUGGAGUUUAAAACUGGACACAAGUUUUACAUAGAGCCGUUCUCACCAAAGUGCCUGGUAUAAUUGCAGGAAGAAUUCUAUAUGUAUACACAUAUCUUUUCAGUAAAGACCAACACACUCCAUGUUUUGUUACCUGCCUCAUGUAUGAGAUAGACAGAUCUUUCCAAACAAUGUUUACUGAAAGCCUUGAGAAUCUGUAUUUCUCUUCUUUGCUUUCUCCUCCAUUUUAUAUAGUAGUGACAUUACCAUGCUAAUCUUUUAAUUGCUUGAACCACUUUAUUAGUUUUUUAAGAUCAUCAACAAUGCAGCCAUUGUCUUUACAGUGACCUUAUCCCUCCUAAGAUGUAGUUCAUCAUGUCAGGUUUUAUUUUAAGUUAAGAAUCUAAUUUCAGACUUCUUUGUUUAGUUCUAACAAUUAAUCUUGAUGAGAUCAGAUUUCUCGAGAGUAUCCCUUUAUCAUGAGCAUAAGCAAAGUGCCCAGGCAAAAUGUGCAGUUUAUUCAACCCAUUGAGACUCCAUGAUGGCUACCUUAUGAUUUUUAAUCUGGUUUCCUUUAUGGUAAAGUCAAACUGAUCUUAAAUUAUAUUGAUCAACAAUUCAAUUAAACAUCAAUUAAAUGUUAAAUCGGCAUGAAUUUUGUACGAGCACUAAAGAUUUUGUGUGCAGUGACACUGGGUGGAAAUCUUGACUAUAUUCGAAGACAUUUUUUAAUUACUUUCAGAAAUGGAAUAUGCCUCUGGUCAUAUGCUAUGUGAAUUUGAAAGUUAGUAUCUAACCAUUUAUAAAUUAAACCUAUUUUUUGGUGGAAGGGUACAGUAUAUGCUUAAAUUCUGAGAUAUAAAUUAGAAUUUUAACUGACCAUGAUACAUUCGUCAUGACUGUAUGGUGGGCCAUUAUUCAAUGCAGUGGGAUAGGUGCCUCUUGUAUGUAAUGUAUAGUUCAACAUAUCGUUGCCAGUGCUGUUGAAUGGAUGGUUUACCUUGCAUGGGUAGAUGCUUGAAACAAGUAAUUAAUGACAAGUAUUUUAAUUGUAUCAAGUCCAUUAGCUACUGGAUAAAGUGCUUAGUUCAUAAGAUUGCAAUCCUUAAAUUCAUUUGAAACAGAAUAAAUGCAAAAAUUAUAGAUUUGAAAAUACUUGGGGUGUGAAGAAAAUCUCGUAUAUUGGUGCAUUGCAUUAUUUAAAAACUUAAACAUUAUAUAAUGCAUUGCAUACUGAACCAAGCAAAUGCUACGUAGCUGGUUACAUUGAAACCUUGCUUCAAAUUCAGAUACAUGUUGUCUAUAAAUUUUCAACCAUGAAUUUAAUUGCUUAAAAAUAAUGCUCACACUAACGUUGGAAUUUAGAAAUUUUCCAGUCAAGCAGCAUCUUACAGAGAGCCAAACAGGUGAACUUUCAGAUAGAUGUUCUUGGCCAGGAGGGCUUCUCUCUUUAUAGGUGCUAUAUGACCUGCUGAGAUUUUAAAUUUGUACUUCUAUUUGUAUUUCAAACUUCUGAUGCUCCUUCGGGAGUCGGGGUCCUUUUUUUAGGAAAACUAAAAUUGGAAUGAUAUGGCUUAUAUUUAAAACUGAAGUAAGAAUUCUUUGCUUGGGCACGGAGAUAGACCGAGUAAGUAAAACUGUGGUUGCAACACAACUGAAAUGGAAAUGGUGUGAAGAUGACCAGUGUUGUUUAAUGUUUGUAUUUUACAGACAGUGUGUAAAUGAAACCACAAUUACAGUUCUAGAUAUGUAAGCUCUCUUCAAAAGGAAGGAUAUUUCUUUACAUUGUGAAUGUCUCAUUUAAAUCUGACUUUAUUUUAGAUUUGGUCAAGAGAAAACCUUUGUAUGCAAGGAUGCCUGCUUAUGAAUAAAUAGAGCUAUCAGUUUAGGAGUCUGAGAAGAAGCCCCCAUGACACAUGGAUAGUUUAUAUUAGAAAACCAAUCUCUGAUAAAUGGGGGGCGGUGGGCAAAAGUCUGAUUUAUUCUGAAAAUAAUCUCCUGUAAACAAAAUGGAUUGUUAUGAUCAAUCCUGGCAUAUAAAUUGUAUCCAAACUCUAAUAGGUUGGUGAAUUUUAAACAGUUACCCUUUUCACAUGAUUGUUUUUUUCAUAAGUCAACUAAAGCACAAGCAAGUGCAUGCUGCUUGAGAAAUUGAAUUUUCAUGAUGUUAAAUGUUAUAUUUUUCAAAAUUGUGUAAAGGUACAGUUGUUUUUAUAGAAGCAUAAAAGUAAAAUGUUAGACUAUUGUUGCAACACAUAUAGUAAAUAGUCCAAGUUGUAGCUUUGUCUACAGAAUAUGUGCAAAAUAAUCUAUAUAUUUUUAGCACUUUCAUAUUCAUUAAUCCUUUAAGAGUAUCUCUUGAAGGUCGUAUCUUUAACCAUCAUUACAAACUUGUUUCAAGUGCCAUUAGAUUUCAUAUUAGAUCAUUAGAUUAUAAAAUAAAUUUGUAUAUAAAAUUUUACAUUUUUUAUUUAACUUUUAGCAGGUACAAAUGUCAUAGCAUUUCUUUUAUUAAAAAGUGUUGUAUAUGCUUGCACAGUUGCUGUGUCUCACUUAGGGAGUUUACUUUACAUUCAAGUCAACAUUACAAUAACCAGUAUCUGAUAUGAUGGUUCUUUGCUGCUGCCGUCCCAUCAGCUCUCUGUAAAUAACUAUUUAUACAGACAGGAAAAUACACAAGUGAAACUAUUGUGGUACAAGUGAAGCAAAUUUGGUGGGGAACACUCCUGCAACAUUUUUUUGAAGUAUAUAUUUUGCUGCUAAUUCACAUUGGUUGGAGGAAACCAUUCCUCGUGGUGCUAUGAACUUUCCCUUUCUUUAUCUGUUACUAUAGAUCUAUAAUUCAAUUAAAGUAGGGAAAUCAAAUGGCAAAAGUGCUACAAAAAUUCUUAAGUACCUAGUCUUUGUGUGAAGUUACAAGUUAUGUAGUUGUGGCAAAAGGUGAUGGUAAGAAUUGUCUGGCCCAAAGUUGAUUAGGUAUUGACAUGCUUGGCCUCUCUGUAUAACUGAGGAUUGUUCAAAUGACAUGAGCUAUGGUGCAUUUAAUUCUGAAAACAUUGUAGCAUUUCAUGCAGAUCAUUCCCUCUUUACUACCCCGCCCUAACAGAAUUAUUACAUCUAUGUUACGAUACGUGCAUAUUUUGCAUCUCCAUGUGGAAAUAAAAGAUUGCAAAAAAAACUUUAUUGCCCCCUACUUCUGUAUAAUGGAAGUGUAAGAGUUCAGUGGGUUUUAAGUGAAACUGAAAUAGAUGUAAACACAAUUAGAUAUUUAAUUGGUUUAAGACAUAUUAGUUUAAAGUAAACCAACACUGAUGGAAGAAACUAACCGCAUUCCACAUUGGAUUUUGUACUACUUUUAUUUUAUCAAUUGCUAUCUUGUUCAGAAUGGAAAACAUUUUGCUUAUGUAUACACUUAUCAAUGUAUUUACAUACUACUGGUAUCUGUACAAAUAUAGGCAUAAAUGAUGUUUUUAAAAAAGCUUUUACAACUUAAAACUACAGUAAAAAAAACUUUAGAAUUUAAUCUUUACAUCCAAAGAAAUGCUUCAAAAGCAAACUGAUUAUUUAUUGUGCCAGAUAACCUGCAUUUUUGUAAACAAAUUUACUAUAAUAAAACAGUUCUGCUGCA